GCACUCCCAGCACAGAGGGCGCUCCAGGACCUGGUCCUCCUGAUCCCGUCAGGCUGUGGGAGUGCGAAGAUGGCGGCGUCCAUUGGAAGGCUGCUGCAGGCUGUGGAGCAGCCUCUGGGCAGGGGCCUGAGCGCCAACCGGCAGGUUUGCCAAGGCCUGGAAGCACUACUUAGUCCCGUAAAGCUGUGUGCCUCUGCUGCCAUCAUUACUGUGAGAACAAAGAAGAGACAUUAUGUUCCACCACGUAAACAGGACAGCUCCGUUGAUCAGGAGAAAGCAGCUCGGGCUGCAGGACUGGUGAUUCGGCAGCAAUACCUGGAACGACCCAUCAACAUAUCGUGUACAGCUGGAAUAUUUGAUCCAUAUGUUCCACCUGAAGGUGAUGCUCGCAUGUCCUCCCUAACAAAGGCAGGAUUUAAACAACGUUUAGAGCAGACCAAGCAAAGGGCAGCCUCACAGCUUGCAAUCCGAAAGGUGAAAGAACAUGAUCAAGAAUUCCGCUCCAAGGACUUUGCCUCAAAGGCCCAAGAUAUUUAUAUAGAGGCACACAACUGCCUUGUGACUUUUGACAAAGUAUCACUUCACAAGUUGGUAACCGAGCGCUGUUAUCCGGAUAUGGUGCGUGGCAACAGGUACAAGACCAUUCGCUGGAGGUUUCUGCAGUCGCUGGAAGCACCGAAGUUGGUGCAUGUCCGAUGUCCUGACAUGGUCAGCAAAGGAAACCUCUACGGUCAGGUUACCGUAAGAUUUCACACUCAGCAGACCUUGGCAAUUUAUGAUCGAUUUGGUCAUCUGAUGUAUGGCAAUGAAGAUCUACCGAAAGAUGUCCUGGAGUACGUAGUGUUUGAGAGACAUUUAGUUAAUCCCUAUGGUUUGUGGAGAAUGCAUGGAAAGAUAGUACCUGCAUGGGCUCCUCCCAAAGACCCAAUCAUUAAGACCAUUAUGAUCCCUGCACCCAAACUCGAGGCAUGGGAAGAGAUUGAGGUGAAGAAUAUUGAAAUCCCCAAACCUGAAUCCAUACAAUGGAGCAAGUGAGGAGCAGCGCAGUGUGAGAGGGACUGGAAAUUGUGUUUGAGCUGUACUGCUUUCCCUGGGGUUUCAUGUUUCAUUCAAUACGGUGGACAUGAGUUGAAUUUUUACACACCACAUUGUCCUUUGUUCAUGAGCUUUUGUCUGCGAGGAAAUUCUGGAUAAUGCAAAUUCCCCUCCACUAAGAGUCAAUGUAUGUCAGAACACAUCAGUUUUCCUUCAGCCCUAAGAUCACUUAAACCUGGAAUCGGUGCCAGAAUUCCCUUUUCUCAGUCUAAUUUCAGAGUGAGCUUCUUUCAGUUUUUAUUAUCCCAAGUAUUUAUUUCUGAGCAGUUGCUCCAACCUAAAACAUUUUUGGCUACUGAAAGCUAGGUUUAACAUGAGAUAUACACACAUUUUUAGCUUUAUUUUAAAAUUGUAGUGAAUACUGUUUUAACUUGUUUCUUAUAUAAAGACCUAGAGAAAUCUCCUGGUUAUUUAUCACUGAUACAUUCAAACAUCUAUAUAAGGAGAGAACAAAGAACAUGGAAUUUAUCUUAAACCAAAACCAAAAGAACUGCAGAUUGCAGUAAAUCAGAAACAAAAGCAGAAAUUGCUGGAAAAGCUCAGCAGGUCUGG